CUCGCGCGCGGUCCUCCCCGGAUUCCUCCUCCCCCCGCUCGAGCGCCCGCCCUGCUCGCCCGGAUUCUCCCCGACUUCGUCCGCCGUCGGUGCGCUUUUCCCCCCCUUCGUUGCGAUUCGCUCUGCAUCGGCGCCGGCGACCUCGGCGCCUGCAGGCGGCCGGGUGCGGCAGGCCAGGGUCUCCUUCCACCGCCGCCUUUGCUGCUUGGGAGGUGGCGCCCGCCUCCACCUCUGCUGCCCGCUCUGGUGCUACCUGGCUCGGGUGGAGUGGAGAUCCAUCCGGGCUCGGGCCGGGCUGCCUCCGUCCUUUCGCUGGCUUUGAGGUGGAGACUACGCUAAGCUGAAAUUUUGUAUUACUUGAGGAAGCAACAACAGGAAUUUUAACACUUCAGUGUUCUGUGUGGAUGGUUGAUUAUCAGUUUAUCACUCUACGACUUUGUUGAAGUACCCUAAUCCUCAUGCUCUCCAUCUCUAGCUAAUUGAAACAGCAUGGUAGCUGAUCAAUCUGUAUGAUCUCGCUAUGAGUAUAUAGAUACAUCCUCUACAGCAUAUUCUAUAUUCAGUAUGCCAACAUGGUGGGGAAAAUCUUCAUCCAAAGAAGCGAAAAAGACUGCCAAAGAAAACCUCAUUGAUACAUUUCAGCGUCUCCUAAGUUCAAAUGAGCAAAAGGGAAGCAGAAAAUCACGAGGGAGUCGUAAACAUGGUAAAGACAGAGCUGGUGACAAAGGUUGCUGGUCUACUGCCCAGUCCCGCUCAACGUCCCCUUCAAAAGAGGUUUCUCGGUGUCAGAGCUUUGCAGCAGAUAGACCGCAGGGACAACCACUCCCUCUUCCUGGAUCACGUGCUAGGGUGACACGUACUACUUCUGAUAUUACCAACUCAAAGGCCACUUUGGAAAAGCGUGGCAAAGGACAAUUACUACCACUCCCUCGGCCUCAAAAAAGACCCGAAGCUACUGAACCCGUUGCUGAAGAGGCUACUGCUUCUGUCUCCAGCAACUGUUCAAUUGAUAGUGAUGAUCCUGGAGAUUCUCGGCUUCAGAGCCCUGUGGGAAAUGAGGCUGAAAAUGCGACUAGAGUUACUGCAACAAAUAGCUCAAGUGUUGUGCACAAAGAGCAUUCUAGUGCUAUCACCAGAAAGAGCACCAAAGAAGUCGCAAAGCGAAACAAUACUUUUCUCAGUAACCAAAUUCCUUCAACAUCUCCAAGAGGUACUGUUGCUGACAGUUAUCAAUCCAAUUUACAAAGCCCAAGACAGAUUACCUUGGAGAGUGCUCCCAAUAGUUUGAUGUCAAGUCCUACUCGAAGCCCAAGAAUUAUAUGUCCUGAUCAGAUUCCAACUUCAGCGUUUUGGGCAGUGAAGCCUCAUGCAGAUGUAACUUUCCUUGGCUCUGGUCAGUGCUCCAGUCCAGGUUCCGGUCAGACAUCUGGGCAUAAUUCAGUGGGAGGUGAUAUGCUAGCCCAGUUCUUUUGGCAGCCCAGCCGAGGUAGUCCAGAGUGUUCACCAAUUCCAAGCCCAAGAAUGACAAGUCCUGGUCCAAGUUCUAGGGUGCAUAGUGGAAGUGUCUCUCCGUUGCAUUCAAAGGCUGGUGGGGUGGCUCCUGAAUCUCCAACAAGUCGACAUGCUGAAGGGAAGAAGAAGCAAACCCACAGAUUGCCGCUUCCGCCAUUAAGCAUCUCUAAUAGUUCUACCUUUUUGCCAAACAACUCUACCCCAACAAGUCCUAUAUCUCGUAGUCCUGGUAGAACAGAGAAUCCACCCAGUCCUGGAUCACGAUGGAAGAAGGGAAAACUGAUUGGCCGUGGGACAUUUGGCCAUGUAUAUGUUGGUUUUAACAGUGAUAAAGGUGAAAUGUGUGCUAUGAAGGAGGUUACCCUUUUCUCAGAUGAUCCUAAAUCAAAAGAAAGUGCAAAGCAGCUGUGCCAGGAAAUAUCACUUCUGAGCCGACUUCAGCAUCCAAAUAUUGUGCGGUACUAUGGAUCCGAAACGGUUGAUGAUAAGCUUUACAUAUAUCUGGAGUAUGUUUCUGGUGGAUCUAUACAUAAGCUUCUCCAAGAGUAUGGGCAGUUUGGUGAACAAGCAAUUCGCAGUUAUACUAAGCAAAUACUUUUGGGCCUGGCAUAUUUACAUGCAAAGAAUACAGUGCAUAGGGACAUCAAAGGCGCAAAUAUAUUGGUUGACCCUAAUGGCCGUGUAAAGCUUGCUGACUUCGGAAUGGCAAAACAUAUCAAUGGGCAGCAGUGCCCUUUCUCAUUUAAGGGUAGCCCAUACUGGAUGGCUCCUGAGGUUAUAAAAAAUUCUAGUGGAUGUAACCUUGCAGUUGAUAUAUGGAGUUUAGGAUGCACAGUCCUAGAGAUGUCUACCUCAAAACCACCAUGGAGCCAAUAUGAAGGGAUUGCCGCAAUGUUUAAGAUAGGAAACAGCAAGGAGCUUCCGCCAAUACCAGAUCACCUCUCAGAAGAGGGAAAAGACUUCAUAAGACAGUGCUUGCAACGUGAUCCAUCCAGCCGACCAAUGGCAGUGGACCUUUUGCGGCAUCCAUUUGUACGAAAUGCUCCACCACUUCAAAAAUCAGCUGCCUCUGAUCCACUUGAACAGUUGACGGCUAUAUCCUGCAAAACAAAUUCUAAGGUGGUUGGGCACGCCAGAAAUAUGUCCUCGCUUGGUUUGGAAGGCCAAUCAAUUUUCCAGAGAAGAGCUGCCAAAUUUUCUUUGGCAAACAGUGAUAUCCAUAUUCGGAAUAACAUAUCUUGUCCUGUAUCUCCAUGUGGAAGUCCUCUUCUGAGAUCAAGAUCUCCACAACAUCAAAAUGGUAGAAUGUCACCUUCUCCAAUUUCUAGCCCCAUAACUACUUCGGGUGCUUCCACUCCUCUGACUGGUGGUAGUGGAGCCAUUCCUUUAAACCAUGUGAGGCAGCCAGCUUACAAAAAUGAGGCCUUCACAGUUGCGUCAAGAGGUUUUGAUGAUCACUUACCUUGCCAGCCUGCUGACCCAGUACAUAGAUGUUUUGUUCGAGUGCAGCAACUUUCAGCUGGUCUUCAGGAGAGGGUAGUCUCUGAACCCGACAUUCUGAGCUCUCAAUUUGGAAAUAUGAGACAUGCAAAUGUGUGGGAUUCGCAUGAUAGGCCAUUGCCUUCUGAGUGUUCCUCUCAGCGGAGCUUUGGGGAUCAUGUGAAGCUAAAACCUUCACUGGACUUGAGGUCUGGUCCUCCGCACCCUGGGCGCAAUCAUGGCCAUUGACUCUCUUGCAAAAGUUGCUGCUUAAGCUUCCAGUCAGGUCUAUGUGAUAGCUAUCAGUUCAAAGCUGGUUUGCUGAAAACCUUUAAUUGUAUCAUAUUAGAAGAAAUGUCCAUUAAUUAUAUCAAAUGCUGACAGUUGGCAGUGGAUAAAGAUUCUCCGAUGUCAAUCCCAUUACUUCAGAAAAGGUGAGACAUGCCCUUUCAAGAAGGGGAUGUUGUAUACUAGACUGUCCAGAUACCUAAGGACUCAAAACAGUGACUCUGAACCUGUAUACUCUUACUGUCGUAUCUACAACAUUUUCUUUUUCGUUUUCUUUUAUGGGGUUGGAGGCCAUUGUACAGAAGGGGAACUAGAGGUCCAGAUAUUGCACAGGAUAAAGCAAGUGAGCCGUUCACCACCCUUUUCUUUUAUUUUCUUUAUAAAAAAACUUAACAGCACACUUGCACAGGAUAAAGCAAGUGUGCUUCUGCUGUUGUAACACCGGGUCAAUCCAUUACUCUGGAAAUCAUGUGAAAAGUGCCUAAUUGUUAAUCAAA